GGGAGGAGUGUGUGGGCUGAGGCUUGCUGAAUGAGGAAGCAGUUGAGCCAUUUUUUUUUUACUGUUGAGUAACUGCAUGCUGGUCUGCCUGUGUUAGAGAGGGUGAGAGCGGGACCUGGACGAAAAAGUGUUUCUUCUGGAUCUUAUCAGAGCUCAGUCCUCUCUUUCACCUUCCCCUCUCAGUUUCGUAUACAUCUUGAUUGCUGUUUGUGACUAUUUAAGUUGGGGAGGCCCUGGAGAGGACACACAAUGGAGCGAAGAGCCUCUGGCAACUGGGCUGUUGUACUGUUGAGAGGGGGAUGGUGUAGAGAGAGGACCGGUUCACACAGCUAACACAGCCUGCCGGCUGUAGGUUUCCAGCAGCCUGUCCUCCCGCCUGGACCUACUCUUUCCCGGCUGGGGCCUCUUUUUCCUGGAACAGCCACCCUCAAACUACACUUGGACUACACUACGGAUUACUCACCGUGUUCUGUGGGAUUUUAUAAUACAUACUGGAGCCUGAAGAAUAAAUCUAUUAUGUUUUUUGGAUUGAACAAAGGGAAAAACUAACUUCUCUGUAAUUCUUCCGUGCCCUGUUUUGGUUUUUGCUUUCUCUUUCUGUUUAGAGGAGUUCGUAAAUGGAUUACAAGAUGCAUGCCAAAUCAAACGAUUUACUGGAUUUCCAAAUACUGGAUACACUUCUGGAAAAAAUUGCGCAUUCAGUCUCUGUUAAAAGAGAGUCCAGUGAGGAGUGCAAUGGGAUCAGCAGUGCUCUGUCAGUGGAGUCUGUGCCGGGGCCAAGAUUAAACUGGUGUCCUGCCAACACCACUACCUCUACCCCUGCCCCUGCUUCAGCUCCAGGGCCCGAGCCCAGGUCCUGCCUUAUCAGAAUGGGUGACGGCCUGGACACAGCGCAGAUGUCGGGCAGCAGCAGCAGCCAGGGGCAGGUUCAGCAACAGUGUAACCCCCCACCCCCAGAAUACAUCAAUCCCAACAGGCCAAAGCGCCAGACCAAUCAGCUACAGUACCUGCUGAAAGUGGUUGUGAAAACCCUGUGGAAGCACCAGUUUGCCUGGCCUUUUCAUGCACCAGUGGAUGCAUUGAAACUCAACCUGCCUGACUACUACACAAUAAUCAAAACCCCUAUGGACAUGGGAACAAUCAAGAAAAGGCUUGAGAACAGUUACUACUGGAAUGCCCAAGAAUGUAUCCAAGACUUCAACACGAUGUUUACCAAUUGCUACAUAUACAACAAGCCUGGCGAUGAUAUAGUGUUAAUGGCUGAGGCUCUAGAGAAGGUUUUCCUCCAGAAAGUCUCAGAAAUGCCACAGGAAGAAACUGAGAUUGUUGUCAUGACAGGAAAGGGACGUGGCCGAGGCCGGAGAGAGGGAGGUCUAAACUUGAAACCCGGGGCCAUUAUGGAUCCUUUGUCAACAACUCCUCAAACACGUGGCCUAUCAGCCCUCCCAACAGGGCUCCAAACUCGAGGACCAGUGCAGGGUCCGCCUUCACUACCUCCCCAGCCUUUGAUGCAGGCCCUGGCAGGCCAUGUGCCCCCAGCGUUAUCCAGCCAUGCACCACAGCUCGGAGCGCCAUUCUCCCUGGGUCAGUCAGACUGCCCACCUCAAGUUCCUGUAAUGACUUCUGUGCCUCCCCCUUCCCAGACUUCUCUUCCCCCAGCAACAAUCCAGAGCACUGCCCCCAUGCUGCAGACCUCCAUGACCAUGACCAAACCAAGAAAGAGCCAAAAAAGGAAAGCAGACACUACAACGCCUACUGCAAAUGACCAGCUGAGUGAGUCAUCGCCAGCAGAAUCUAAGUCUGGGAAGACACUACCCAGGCGAGAGAGCGCACGGCCUACGAAGAUUAAAAAGGACGCUCCAGACUCUCAGCAUCACAUAGGCUUGGGGAUGGGACUAAGCGGACCGAGUGGAGGUCAUAGCCCCAAACCACAGGACCAGCUGGGGUAUUGCGCCAGUCUGGUUAGAGAGAUGCUGUCCAAGAAACAUGCUGCUUAUGCCUGGCCAUUCUACAAACCAGUUGAUGUGGAUGCACUGGGACUACAUGAUUAUCAUGAUAUCAUCAAACAUCCAAUGGACCUCAGCACCAUUAAGGCCAAGCUGGAGAACAGGCAAUACCGGGAUCCCCAGGAGUUUGCUGCUGAUGUGCGAUUAAUGUUUUCCAACUGCUACAAAUAUAAUCCUCCAGACCAUGAGGUGGUAGCCAUGGCUCGCAAACUACAGGAUGUUUUUGAAAUGCGCUUUGCCAAGAUGCCAGAUGAACCAGAGAGCAAGCCUUUAGUUUCUGCCCCAGCUCCUGCACUUCAUCACCCUGCCCCUGUUAAGCCUCAGCCUCCUCUGGCCCACGUCGCCUCAUCUUCGGACAGCUCCAGUGACUCAUCCUCUGAGUCUGAGUCUUCCACUGAUGACUCUGAAGAGGAAAGAGCCCAGAGGUUGGCAGAGUUACAGGAACAGUUGAAGGCUGUCCACGAGCAGCUGGCUGCCCUCUCCCAACCACAAGCCAGCAAACCAAAGAGAAAAGAAAAGGAAAAGAAAGAGAAGAAAAAGGAUAAGCAUAAAAGGAAAGGAAGCAUGCCUGUCGAUGAGAUCCAGGAUGCUACACCUCUUUCGCAGCCGUCUAAGAAGAUUAAGACCAGUAACAAUAACAACAAAGAGAUUGUUCCCAAGAAGAAACCCAGCAAAAAGGAGACGAUGAAACCUGCCAGCUUGCAGCCUGUUCCUAGUCUGGAAGAUGACCUGGGAGCCACUGGGUCAUCAGUUACAGGGGAAAAGUGCAAACCUAUGACCUAUGAGGAGAAGAGGCAGCUAAGCCUGGACAUCAACAAGCUUCCUGGUGACAAGCUUGGCCGUGUAGUACACAUUAUCCAGUCCAGAGAGCCCUCACUCAAAAAUUCAAACCCUGAUGAGAUUGAGAUUGACUUUGAGACACUAAAGCCUUCCACUCUGCGUGAACUAGAGAGAUAUGUGUCUUCCUGCCUCCGCAAGAAGAAAAGGGUUUCAGUUGAUAAGACUAUGGAGCCCAUGGCUACCUCUAAAAAGACCGGAUCUUCUUCAGACAGCAGUGGCUCCAGCUCAGACAGUGAAGUGGAGGUGCCAGGAACGAUAAAACAGCCGAAAAAGAAGAACCAUGCUGUAAAGGAGGGGAAGGGGAAGACACAUUCUCAUAUUCAGACUCUACCCGCUCAGGCUACACAUCAGUCUCAAGCUGCAGGCCUUCAGUCCAGCAGUCAGAUGAAGCAACAGCAGCACCAUCACCACCACCAGCCAUCUCCUGCAGGCUUCAUGGCGCCCCCUGUUGCUCCUCUCGAGUCUUCUCAGUUACUGGAGACGAGCUUUGACUCCCUCCCACCUUUUGGUCAGCCCAUCAUGCACAUGUCCCACCACACAGGCAACGCGUCCUCGUCACCUGCACCUUCUCACCUCAACACUCAUUCUGCUGGGCCAGUGUCCCCUGAGACACAUCCUUUCCUCAACCAGCAUUCCGUCCUCCCAUCUCCAGCCUUACACAGUUCCAUGCCUCAGCAGCCUUCUCGGCCCAGUCACAAGGCAGCCCCUCUUCAUCCCAAACCCCCUCAGCAACCAGCGCCACCUCAGCAGCCGCAGCAACAGCAGCAGCCACCUCUGCAGCAACAGCCACCUCUGCAGCAGCUCCAGCUCCAGCCUCAGCCUCUGCCUCAGCCCCAGCCAACAGCACCACCACCACCACCGCCACAACAGCACCAACUCCCCUCACAGAUUCUUCACUCUACUCAGCCUCUGCACCAGCGGCCUAUAUCCCCCCCAACACUCACACCCCAAGGCUUGUUGUCUUCUCAGCCACCCCAGAUGCUGCUGGAGGAUGAUGAAGAGCCAGUGUCUACAACGCCAAUUAACCAGUUAUUCCUACCGCAGUUUCAGCAACCGCGUCAGACCCAGCAGGCUCGUCAGCAGCAGCAACAACCAGUACAGACUUCACUCCUGCAGUCUGUUCAGACACAAUCUCAGCUUUCGUCUCAGACUACCUUGGCUCCUGCCCAGCACCCUGUUCAGUCCCAGGCUCAGUCAGCCCCGUCACAUCAGACGCUGUCCCAACAGAUGCCCUUACACCAGGCCCGCCACAUGCAACAUACUCAGCAGCAACAACAGCAACCACAACAGCAGCAAGUGAACUACCAACAUUGUCCCAUACUCCCUCCUCAGUCCCAGGGAACACAACACAAAGCGUCCAUGCCCACCAAUAAAACACAACAGAUUAUCCAGCAGCAGCAAGAGCAGCCCUCCCCUCGCCCGACCAAGCCUGACCCUUAUAACACAGGUCAUAUGAGAGACAACCCAUCCCCUCUCAUGAUGAAUUCUCCCCAACUUCCCCAGUAUCCACCUGUGUCGCACCAGUCUCCGCCUCACAACAUGCAGCCUAAAAAGCAAAGGGCCCCUGGGACCCAAGGUGUGUUAAAAGAGGAGAAACUUCCUCCAUCACCAGUGAUGAGAGGGGAGCCAUUUAAUCCUGCAAUGAGACCAGAUCAUCAUAAACAUCCUGAGAGCAAGCCUUGUCAACCAAGCCACAGCCAACAGAAUGUGAAGUCCAUGGAAGGCUCGCGACCUGUCAUCCGCUCCGCUGAGCCCAGUGGGCCACCCACCUCUUUGCAAGAUAAGGAGAAGUUCAAGCAGGAGUCCAAGGCUCCUUCUGCCCCCAAAAAGGUACAGGAUGUGAAACUGAAGAAUAUGGGCUCGUGGGCCAGUUUGGCACAAAAAUCCACGUCUACGCCCUUAUCGGCAGUGAAAUCCUCGAGUGACAGUUUUGAACAAUUCCGUCGUGCUGCUCGGGAGAAAGAGGAGAGGGAGAAGGCCCUGAAGGCCCAAGCUGAGCAGGCAGAAAAAGACAGGCUACGCAGAGAGCAAGACAAACUACG